AUGUCUGAGAAUCCGCCACAUCGCCCGAGGCAGUCUGCCGGCGACCUUGUCCGAUCCAUUCUCGAUGACCGCCCCCGUCCCGAAGAAGAAGUCAGCCCCACUGGAGAGCUGUUUCGCGUCAUAGAGCGCUUCCACGAGAGCGUUGACAGGGCCCGACGCACCAUACACGACCUCACACUUGCUACUAGCGGCGGCGGCAAUCCUUCGAACCAUCCAGGCGGCUCUUCCAGUCUUCAUCUGCAGCGCAGGUUCUCGCAGGAGCCGACCAGUCGAGACUCUCCCUCCGGUACCGCUUCCCCUCCGUCGCUGCCGCCUCUGCGAUAUUACAUUUCCCGACGAAACCCGAACAUGCCCAGCGGGAGCCGUCAGCGGUAUAGACCUGGCGGCACUGACAGACACCGGGCGUUGGACUCCAAUAACCCCACGUCAUCGAGUUUGGGCGGCACCGCAAGCUCAGCUUUUGCCGAACUGGAGCUCAGACUUGACAGCGCCAACUCACGACUACGCUCAAUACUGGACCUGAACCCCAGCCCUGUGUUUUUUCAGCCAUCGCCUCCUCUCAUGUCAACCCCGGAUCACACGCAGGACUCUCUCGAGGGUAACCGCCGUGCAAAACGCCGGAAGCUCGAGGCCUCGAGCCCUGCGCCGCCUUCUCAGACUCUUAGGUAUGGGCGGUACGGACAGGUCGAGUCCGGACAGUUGAUCAUGGAGAUAGUGAGCUGCGAUGGGGGAAACUAUACCGAAGGAAUGACCUCAUAUGCUGCCGAGAACAUCCUCAAGGAUGACAGCUCUGUUUACUGUACAAAAGGGAGCAGGUGUAACAUUGUUCUUCAGCACCAGGGUGCGACAGUCUUCAGUCUCAAGGAACUAGUGAUCAAGGCGCCCGGUAUUAACUACUCAUCGCCUGUUCGUGAGGGAAUGGUCUUUGUGUCGAUGGAAAGAGACGAACUGCUCACCCGGACGGCCCAAUAUCAAAUUCAGUAUGGUCGUGUCAAGAACCAGGACCGACAAGGCUCCGAGAGGGAUGGACGUGUACAUGCUCCCAUUUUUUCGAUUCGACACGGCGAGGAUGGGGCUCCAGCCACGAGAAUAUCAGGGAGGCGCAGGGUGAUGAGCAUUAUGGAUGCUCAGGAAGAACGCAUGGCUGCACAGAUCCCUUCGGAAUUCACCGUGGCGCCGCCGCCGUUCAGGGUCACAACUGAGUGCAGCGAAGAUGAAGACGACAGCAUCCCCGUUAACAUUCGCCAUCGGCGGCGGACGCCCAACCGGAUCGGAUCUCUACCGUUCGAGAGCGAUAACAGCGACGACUGGGGACAAAUGGACGAUUCCGCUCUUGGCGACGUGGACAUUAGCUUUAGUACUGAACGGGGCGACAGCAUGACCCUGCAGGAAGCCAUCGAGGCAAACCAGCUGGCAACGCAGGAGGCCGUGCGGGCAGUGGGGGGCACAAUGAUGGCGCCACACGCACGCUUCUUUAUCGAGAAGGACAAGAGCAAAUGCACCAUACGCUUCGAUCCUCCAGUGUCUGGCAGAUUUAUCUUGCUUAAGAUGUGGAGUCCGCAUCUUGAGUCUGGAAAUAUCGACAUUCAAGCGGUUGUGGCCAAGGGGUUCGCCGGUCCGCGCUUUAUACCUUCGGUCGAUUUAUUGUGA